UGCACUUCAAAAACACAAAUUCGUUAUUAAACGCGAUCUAGAUUCUAACGCUCCAACACGUCCCGACGGACGUACUUUUCGCGACGACGGCCACUGUAUCGGGUCGACGAUAAAAAAUUUUCGCCGUUUCCCGCGUCCGUCCUGCGCCCGCUUGAGAACAUCCGUCGCGCGCCGCGGCCCGCGAACGUCAUCGUCGCCUGGCUUCACUGCACGCCAUUUGUCUCGCGCCGUCCGUGCCGUUUGUGCGUGCGUCGUCGACGCGCGAACUGGGACCCUUCGAAAGACUCCACCGUUCAAACGUCGUUACGCUUCCGUCGGAAACUCGUCGUUUUUGAGUACGUUUCCCUCUUGACAGGGCGAUCCCUGGUUUCCCCUACUCGUAAACGGUGCGUACGAACACGGGCGCACACACACACACACACACACAUACACAUACGCACUUGGACCUCGUAUUUUCGACGAAACCGAUCAGUACGAUGCCUGGCAUCGGUGUAAAUCUGCGGGUGACUGGUUACUGCAACCAGGGCGGCAGGAAAUACAUGGAGGAUAUGUUUUCUGUGGCCUACCAACAGACGCCCGAUAUGAAAGACCUGGAGUACGCGUUCUUCGGAAUAUUCGAUGGCCACGGUGGUUCAGAAGCAGCUGCAUACGCAAAGGAUCAUUUACUUGACACCAUCAUUAAGGACGAUGCUUUCUGGUCAGAAAAUGAUGACGAUGUUCUAAGAGCUAUUCGCAAUGGUUAUGUAAACACUCAUAUUGAAAUGUGGAAAAAUCUAGAUAAAUGGCCAAGAACUCCAUCUGGCUUACCAAAUACUUCGGGUACUACAGCGAGCAUAGCCUUUAUUAUGAGAGGAAAAAUAUAUACAGGUCAUGUUGGUGAUAGUUGUAUAGUACUUGGUUAUCAAGAUGAUGAAAAUGGAGAUUGGAAAGCUAGGCCAUUGACGAGAGAUCAUAAGCCUGAGUCAUUUGAAGAAAAAAUUAGAAUAGAAGAAUGUGGAGGCAAAGUAAUUAAUAAAUCUGGUGUUCCUCGAGUAGUAUGGAAUAGGCCCCGUAUUGGUCACAAAGGUCCUGUACGUCGUUCAACUACUAUUGAUGAAAUACCUUUCUUAGCUGUUGCUCGUGCCCUUGGUGACUUUUGGAGUUAUAACUCCGAACAUAAUAAAUUUGUUGUGUCUCCUGAACCAGAUGUUGAUGUAUUCAAUGUAGAUCCUGCCAAACAUCGUUGUUUGAUAUUUGGUACUGAUGGUUUAUGGAAUGUUCUUUCAGCAGAUGUAGCAAUUUCAAAUGUAUUUUGUACAGAAAAACAUAAUAUUGAAAUGAAAACUUUAGAGAAACAAGAUUGGUUAAAUCCUUCAAAAAAUCUUGUUGACAAGGCUAUAUUACAAUGGAAUAAAGUUAGAUUGCGAGCUGAUAAUACUACAGUCAUUACAUUAAUGUUAGAUCCACCUGGUCCACCUGCUCCACAAGUGCUACUAAAACAUAAAAUGCAAACUGGUAAUAUGAAAUGUGAAGAUAAAAGUAAUUGCAAGUGUGUUGAUGGAGAUCCACAAGUUCAAAGAUUUGGUAAAGGUUCAAGUAGUGGAUAUGCUAUAUUUACUAGGUACCCUACCGAUCACCUUUUAAAAUCAUCCUGUGCUCUUGCCAGUACAUCAAAAUCAUAUUGUAGUACACCUAUUGCUACACCGCCCUUAAAAACCAAUAAAGUACUUAGAACAUCAGCCAAAUUGAAUAAUAACAAUAAUGAAGAUAGUAGUAAUAACAAAAUCAGUCAACCAGCUGAAAAAAGAUGUACUCGUACAAGCAGUGGUAAAAUUGUCAAAAAACAAAAACUUAAUAAUGAGAUGAUUAAAACUGAAGAGACUGUAAAGUUAGGAAAUAGUGAUUCUGAAAAUGAGCAAUUACCUCGUGAAUCCUGGCUGUUAUCAUCUACUAAACCCAUACAACCUGAAGAGACUAAAGGUGUAGUAUUAAGAAGUUCUGGAAGAAUUCCAAAAAUGUAUAAAUGUGAGUGCAAUACUCCUAAAGAUGUUUCAACUCCACCUAAGAUUACAUCUGUGUCAAAAAUUAAGACACCUUUAACAGCACCAAUGACUAGAAUAUUAAGAUCACACAAAAAAAAAUAUAGUAGAAGAUUUAAAAAUAUUUCAUCAAGAUCAUCAUGGCCAGGGGGUGUGGUAACUCGUAGUCAUAGAAGAAGUGUUAAAUGUUAGUUAUAACUCUUCUCUAUGUUUGUUUUAAUUUUAUCACACUUUUUUCAACCACAAAAAUCAUCCUUACCAAUUCAAAACUCAUUGUAUCCAUCUAUCACUUUUUUUUUUACUAAUUCAAUGCUUUGAAUAAUUUUUUUUAGUGACUAUUUUGUUUUUUUAGU